AUGGCUCCUUGUGCACUAAAGAUGAUUGCGAACAAGGUUGAAAUUGAUAAGCUCAACGACUCUAAUCAGCCUUGGACUGCUAUUAUCACUGUUGAGGAGAAGUAUCGUCUAAGAGCUAACAUUCAUGACGAGAGCGGAUCAAUCCAAGCUAGCACUUUCGGUAGCAUCGCAGAAAAGAUAUUGGGUUUCACUGCAACAGAAAUCGUUGAGAACCCUGAAAAGACUGGAAGCCGGUGGUGGUUGUCCAAGAUUGUCGAUCCUGCGUACCGCCUCGUCGCAAGCGGUGCCACCAAGAUUUUGUGUGCCUUCUUGUCAACAACUCCCUCCAUUAAUGCACUUUCCCCUCCUCCUCCUGCUAUUGAAACCCUAGCUCCUCUUGUAACAAAAGCCAACCAGUCAACAAUUGCAGCCUCUGUCCGUCAAUUUUCCACCUCCCCCAGUCGAAUAAAGUGGUGGAGCAGUGCUCAUAGCUGCGGCUGGCCGAAACCGAUCAAAUCUAUACCCAAAACCCGAUCAAAUUCUUUUCUCCCCUCUGUCGAAGAAAAAAGUUGCGGAGCGGCGUCAAUGAUACUGUUGAAGAAGAACGAGUAG